UCUGUUUUGCGAGGCCCCAUCAAACCAAGAAAGCAGAGACUUCUUCGUCACACAAACGCGGCCCAAAAGGGUCUUCCUCUCCGUGGCCAUAUUUCCUCCCCAACACUGCAAAUCAAAUCAGCCCUGCAUUUCUGCAUGUACCCAUUCCAUCAUUUCAUCUCACUUUCUCGGGAUCUCAUCCGCUUUCACUUUCUCGAAAACAACAAAACCACCCAGAUUUUCUCUCAUUAAAAUUGAUUUCCUCGUCAUCACAAAUCCCACAUUUUCAUUUUCAAAUCUUCUCACUUGUGGGGGACUGUAGUGUUCUAAUCUAAUGAUUGGGUUAGAAUCAGAACUCUUAAAUCUCUCGCCCAGAUCUCGAAAGACGGAAACUUGAUUUUUCUUGUUUUAGAAAUUGCUUUCCAAUAGUUCGGGAAAUAGGAUUUUGAUGGCGUAUCAGUCGGAUCAUAGGUCUUGCAGUCCCGUGGUUGUGAGAUGUUCGUUGUUUUGGGUGGUUCUGUUGUUGGUUUUCUUCAUUGUGGGGCGGCCAAUUCUAUGGUUCUUGAGGGCGAAUUCACAUUCUCUUGCUUCGUGCCAGUCUUGCGAUUGUGAUUGUUCUUCAGACGAAUUCUCCACGCCUCUAGGGUUUUUAAACAGUUCCUAUUCAGAUUGCGGUAAAGAUGAUCCUGAAGUUAACGAAGAGUUGGAGAAGGACAUGAUAGGUCUACUGUCAGAGGAGCUGGGCCUGCUGAAGAGUGUCAGUCGCGACCACUUGGCGCGCACCAAGGAGUUGAUAAUGGACACAAAAAGAAGCUCUUGGCAUUACCAGAAAGAGGCCGAAAAGUGCAAUGCAGGGGUGGAAAGUUGCGAAGAAGCGAGGGAGAAGGCCGAAGCAGCCAUCAUGGAAGAGCGAAAGCUCUCCGCAUUGUGGGAGGAAAGAGCCCGGGAUCGUGGUUGGAAGGAUGAAAGAAGAACAUUUUCAUGAAUUUCAUGUAGCUCUAUGCUAUACACAUUUUUAGUGUGUGAAUAUAAACAUUCUGCACUUUUCCUUCUGUUUUGACAAUUCAGUGAUGAACAAAUUGGUCUCGUGAUUGUUCAAUAAGAAGAGUAUGAACCUGAAGAACAUGGCUGUUCACUUCCCCCCGAAUUCAGAAAAUGGAGUAGCCUUUCUAAAGCACUCCUCCCGGUUUUGUAAGAGUCGGCAAGAGUUGUUUCCGUAAGCAGUCUUACCUGAGGUGUUCAUAAAGAGAACUGCCCGAAUGCUAGAUAAUUUUUAAAUUCAUUACAAGAUAACACCAUCAAAGAGACUGCCAAACAUUCUGCUGUUUCCAUACAGAAUCGAGUAAAUGCCAGCGAAAAAUGGGCCAAACAUGGAAUCCCCAUAUUUAAUGCAUCCCUCACUUUCCGGGAAAGAUGAGGAAAAUGAUGAAUGAAGCAAAGAAAAGAGAGAAGAAAAUCAUCUGUCAAGCCAAAUAUACGCUGUCCAAAACUGCAAAUCCAGCAGCUACGCCUCCCUCAUUUGAUGAAGAAACCUUUGUUCGCAUUAAGUAACCGCAUUGCUCAUUCACAAUUACUCUAUCU